AUGGCUGGACGCCACAGCAAGAAAAAGCCGCGAAAGUCACCGGUCCGCACAGAGUCUAGUGGAAACGACAAACCAGUUUCCCCGCAGCAUCUCGAUGCGAAAACGAAUAAUCGGUGGUGUCAAAGUGCGAGCGAGCACAUGUACGGACACAGCGAGUAUGCUGGAUCCAGCGCGGAACCUGGAGAGCCCGAGUGUGCGAAUCUGGAUCAAGGUUUCAGCGAGGAAAGCAUACGGCGUCAACUUGGGUUUGCGGGCGGAAGCCCAGCACGGACGGAUCCUUCAAUGCACAGGACAUGGGAUGAAAGCGGGGUGGGUUCGUGGUGGUAUGCAUGCGGCUCUAAUACGUCGCCGGGCGGUAUAACUCCACCAUCUACUUCUAUUGCGCGGGAGACAUGGCAGAAUUGUGCCUACCAAGGCUUGUUUCUGCAUGGUGAUGCUGCUGCAGCAGCAGCUCAGAGAGAUGCGGAAGGCAUGGUUUUUGGGACGUCACCUUGCGGCUCUGAAGCGAAGCGGGGAGAGGCGGAGCCGCAGUGGGAUGUUAAUGCGUAUUUUGCGUAUUUUGCGCCGCUGGACACGCGUCAUAUGCAGAUGGUGAGGAGGGGAAAGGGGAGUGCAAAAGACGAGUGGGAAUGUGACUUUUGUGGAUUCGAGUGCUUUUGCUGGGGUCUGACGGAUGAAGUAGCAGAACCAAGAUGCGGUGUCAUUGUAGACGGACUAAUUGGCCGGAUGGAAUUUGGGUGGCAUAUCGGGGGGCGUUGCUGA